AUGGCCUCAAACUUCAACUAUACAUCUCUGCAUCCGACGGAGAUUAGACUGCUCGUCCUCGAUCCAGGCCAAGACAAGGAUGUUUUGCGCGGCUCUAUUGUCGACGUACAACAUGACCCUGAACAGGGCAACGUCCCACAAUAUGAAGCCAUCUCGUACGCGUGGGGUGAUCAGACAAAUCCGGAUUCCAUAAAUCUGCGUGUCUUGCGAAACAAGGAGCCAAGUGUGAUCGACUCGAAUGAUGGUAAUGCCAUAGAUGCUGAAUCCUCGCUUUCCAUUGGACAAAACCUGAGCGCUGUCUUACGGCACCUCCGCCAUGAGGCAGAUACACGGACUCUCUGGUGUGAUUCCAUAUGCAUCAAUCAGCAAGACUUUGACGAGAGAGCCGCACAGGUCCGGCGUAUGGGCGAGAUCUUCAAGCAUGCGCAGCGCGUCAUCGCCUGGUUAGGUCUGGCAGACGAGUACAGCCACCUCGCCAUCCAGACUUUGAAACAAUGUGCCGACUAUAUUGACUUCUCAAAUGAGGAGGAGGCCAUGCUGGCCAACAAGAUUAACUUGAAACCAGAGGCAGCUGCACUGGUCACGGACAUGGAAACGAACCUGCCAUUGUCGCCUCAGCAGUGGACCUCACUCGAGGCAUUGCUCUCCAGAAGCUGGUUUCGACGGCUUUGGGUGCGUCAAGAGAUCCUGCUGGCGAACAAGGAUACCAUAGCUAUGGUUGGCAAAGACAGCAUCCCGUUUCUGCACUUCUCCGGUGCGAUAGAUUUGAUCUCUAUCAAGAGGAUGACGCUGGAAGCCAUCAGACCUCUUCACUUAUCGGUCCACUUCUUCAACGUGCGCACGUUUUCCUUCUUGAGGCACUUGAGAGACCUUUCCUCACUGAUAGCGUUUACGCACAACUGCGAGGUGACGGACCAAAGAGACCGCAUCUAUGGCCUACUAGGCCUUGCGGAAGGACCUUUUGUUAGCGGAAUAUCCAUCGAUUACAAAAAGGGAGUCAAGGAAGUGUUUCGUGAUGCACUGAUUGACGCCACUGCGUGGCAUUCAGACCUCAAGCUACUGUCAUUCUGCGACUCGGCCUCUGAACCGACGUGGGUCCCGGAUUUCCAUCGAAUACAAGACCUGCGACCCAUUACCCACACUCGAGCAGCCCUUGCUUCAGAUGUAGAAGGCAAGGUGCUCGACUUUGGCCACGUCUGGUUGCAAGGAAUUAGGUGCGACACUAUUGUAGAGCAUCUGGGGCCUCACGAACAGGGUCCUUUAAACGAACAGCUUCGUGCCGCUAUCGUGAGGGGCGCCGUUCGCUUCUUGGGCCCGGAUCCAGAAUUCUGGACGCAAGAGGAGGUGAAAAAGUUUUGCCUCGCGAUACUCGUCCACGAUUUCCAUCUCUAUCCUCCCCAAAUCGAUGGAAUCAAGGGCUAUUUAGCAUCCUUGGUCCGCUCAGAGGAUUCGGUCCCCGAGGUGCACUUCCUUCAGUUCAUCCACUACCUCACGGGACGCUCUCUAUAUUGGACAAGAAUGGGGUAUGUCAUCCUGGGACCGCGCGGCUGCCGAACUGGUGAUGUAGUCUGCGUCUUCCUCGGUAGCCCCCUCCCUACCGUACUCCGUUCAAUGGAAAACGGGGAAUAUCAGGUAAAAGGGCCAGCGUCGCACCCUGCCCUCUUGGAAGGUGAAGCGCUCCUUGGCCCGCUUCGCGAGGGCUGGCGGCUACGGUACACAACUCGUGCUCUAGACCCUGUAUUUGAGUGUCCAGUUCAUGGGGAACAUCAUCGUAUCGAUCCGCGAUUAAAUGACAUCCCUUUGCCCGAGGGAAAGGAACUGCGCUGGAGGGACAAUGGCACUCCGUUUUGGUAUACCGCUGAGAUAGAUCGGUGGUCCAAUUUCGAUCCACGAGUCUCAAUGGAGGAGUUGAGAAAGAGAGGAGUGAAGGUGGAGAAAUUCACCUUAUCAUGA